UGGUCCUCUAGUCCUCAGGAAAAAAAUUUAUAAACAAAAGUGAAUAUUUCGAAUCUUAAAAAUACUUCUCAACGAAAUGAAGUAGCAGGGUACAUAGGUUAAAAAAUAUAAAUUUUAUGUCUAUAUAUUAGGUUAACAUAGAGCAUAUUUACUCGACCAAUAUUUAUGACUCUUUCAUCGGAAAAAAAUACUUAUCAAAAUAAGUGAUCUAAUGUAUAUUGGCAUGCCAAUUAUUAUAUGCAAUCACUAUUAAAUAUAAAUCAAUAUUAGAAUUGAACACCAUUACAAUUAAAAGACAAUAAACAAGAAGUUUUGAAAGUUGCGUUGGGUCGUUUACUUGAAUUUUAAGCUAACAAAAUGCAGUUGGGAGCUUCUGCAGUUAUUACGGGAUUCUAUAUUCUCACUAAAUUGGCAACGAUUUUCGCAUAUAUAAAGUUUACGAAUGUGAAGUGUGUGACCUACGACAAACCCUUCGCAGAUUUCCGACAAUGCAAUCUUAAAGCUUUGUCCCGAAACACUGUCGCGUUUUCCUUACAUGUUCAACUUUUCCAAGUGCCAGUGAAUAAUGUCAGCGUAAAUCUGGAUGUUUAUAAGAAGGCGAAUGGAUAUCGGCCUUUCAUGUAUAACAUAACCACGGACUUUUGUAGUUUUCUAAAAAAUAAAAAGCGUUUACCUUUCGCCAAAUUGUUGAUGGACACCAUAGAGAUCUAUUCAAAUAUUAAUCACACUUGCCCAUUCAACCAUGAUAUUAUUGUCAAGGAUUUGGUGCUGAAAACUGAACAAAUGCAAUUACUUCCAGUGCCGAUGGGUGAUUACCUGCUCAGAUUAUCCAUUGCGGCAUAUAACGACUAUAAGGCCACAGUUAAGAUUUAUAUACAAGUGGUGGAGAAUUAGAGCGCUUUAUGGAAAUGUAUGAUAUUCAAAUGAGAUAUAGAAAAUAUAUAAAGCUGAAUAAUUAGUAAAUUAUAAUAAAUCUUUAAUUAGGUAUUUUAUUUACUUAUACAAAAAAACACAACGUGAGGCACUUAUUACUUCAUUCAUACAAUACACGUCACAAAAUAUUCUAAAUCAGUGAAAUAGAACGAAUAUGAAUAAAUGUUUCGUAAUACAUAUAUCUAAAAUCUUCAUAUUCUUUUUAAGAACAAUACAUUUUUUCUUCGGGAAAUUCAAUUUAUUUGUGCCCUAUAAUUACCAUAGAAAUCGUUACAUCAAUUUUCAACCUUCUCUACGCCAUCUUUGUAGAACGAAUUGUGUUUUAUAGUACCAGGAUUCGCUUCUUCGUUGACGCUAAAUUUAUUUCAAGAGUAUUGAGAUUUGAGAAGAGCCAAUAGGAGUGAUAUCUUAAGAAUGCAGUGGCCCACAAAAUGGCA